CACACACAGACUUACAUGCACAAACAACCGGGACCUCUUCUAUGCCAUCCCAUUUAGCAUUUGGGCUUUUAACACGUUGUGAUAGGGCUAUUAUUAGAAGAGAUGGAUUAUCAAUCAGGAAUUAAUCCUGACUGAUGUGUUUGCCUGGAAAAGGAGCACAUUGAAUGUUUCUCUGAUAAGGGAAAAGUCUUUUUUUUCCCCAGGAGGUGAUAUGAGAGUAGAGAGGAUUUUUUUUUCUUUUUUUUUACUUCCAGCAGCUUCUCCUUCUCAGGACGUGAGGGGACCGCUGAGGAAGACAUUCAUUUAUUUAUCAUAGUUCCUCCACUCAAUCAUCUUCCUCCCCCUAGUCUCUUUGCCUGACUGGCUGCUGAGCUGACUGCCUGCCUGCCUGCCUGCCUGCCUGCCUGCCUGGAUGGUUGGCUCCCUCUCUGGCUGGACGCUCACUCGCUGUUCACUCACACAACUGAGCGAGCUUCACUGAGGCAGGGGUGCGGAGAGACAGUCGAGCUUGGAAAGUGGGAUCUCUCUGCCAGAUUUCUCUUUCUGUCUUUUUUUUUUUGCUUUUUUGUUUGGUUGGAUUAUUAGAUGAGAGCAGAGGAAACCUCCUCCGGCACAGACUAUAGACCACCACUACUGUGCUGCAUCCAUGACUUUACAUACCUGGCUGGUGUAUGGGUUUGGAUUUAUCUUGGUUUUGGCACUCCGCUCGGCACAAGUCCAGGGGCUGCAGUGCUAUGGCUGUAACAUCAUCCAGGGCCAGAGGUACGUGGACGUGGGUUGCUCCAACCCAGAGGUCAUCACCUGCACCCACUCACACAAGGGCUUUAAACACCGUUUCUGCAUCAAGACAGAGAGCACGGCUCUGGGUAUCGUCCUGACCAGCGGUUGCGCUACAUCCAGACACUGCCAGCAACAAGAGCUGCCGGGGGUGCGAAUCCACUGCUGUGACUCAGACCUAUGUAACAGCACCCCCCUCUGGCAUCCGAGCACACUCCACUACGUAUGCGCACUGCUCAGCCUCCUGCUGCUGAGGAUGGGGUUAUGAUGUGAAGUCAGUCUGGGGAGAAACAUCUGUGAACUCUUCUCUUGCAACUGCUCAUGUUUAGGACCGAAUGAGAGUUUUACUCCGUGUGGUGUCACGGGUGAGCACCUUGUAAUAGCUUCUGCAGUCAGAGAAAUUACAAAAUGAGCCUGCGAACACAUUUGAUGAACAUAACGAGGAAGGAAGCAGCUUGUAGUCAUCUGUGAAUUUAUUGUACACACCCACUUAAAAUGUAUGGAACAUCUGUUGCCAUCUUUGUUAUAGUCAUAAUAUCAGUUGUAUAAGCAAUGAAAAACACUCUAACUUCAGUUUUAUAAAAGCUUAGAUCCACCUGUUUAAUAAAAUAGACAUGCAUUUUCUCUGUUAGGAGAUUCACUACCUUUUUCAAGAUCUCUUUUGAAGUCACGGGUGUUUACUUUGGGAAAUGAGAGACCCUUUUUAGUUUGUUGUGCAAACUGUUCUCCAGGCUAAGCUUGGGAAAGCACACUGCAUGCUCUUCUUCUAUGUUUGAUAGUAAGAAAUAUUGUUCAGUGAAUGCAUGUAGUAUUGUGAAAUUACUGUAUUAAAAUGUUUCAUAUUUUUCAAAA